AUGGCAGAUUACGCUGCCAACAAAGUCGCCCACCAUGCAUCUGUCUUCUCUGAAGAUGUGCACCAGAAAUGCAACGACAUCUGCGACGAAGUCUUCAAUCAAUUCGGUGGACUCAUGAUCGAAUCGGAAGACGACGAUGGAGAUGUUGAGGCUGUCAAGACAGCACUGCACAACUAUCUUCUCACAGUCGACGCUGGGAUGACCGACAUCAUCGAGAAGCUGAAGGCCAUCGAGAGAGCCCCCGUCGCAAGGCAAAGCCAAAGACUACCGAAUCGAGUAGUGGCAAGAUCAAGAAAGAGAAGCAGCAGAACAAAGGAGCCAAAGUCAAAUCCGAAAUCAAGCACGAACGGAACUGAAGGAAGGCUGCUUCCCUCGGCCACGCAGACCGCAACAAGAUUGAGUCUUUUCUUAGAUCUUCUUUAUUCGAGAUCUCUGCUUUGCUGA